AUGACAACCUUCUCUGUGGUUGCUAUUUCUAUUGUCAUACUCCUUCUGGGGUAUCAAAAAAAAUACUGGCAUUGGAGGACAUGGCCUUUCUCAAACGUCGGCGCUCAAGAACAUGGCUCUUGUCAAGGUCCUUCAGAUCUUAAAUGCAUCGCACCAUACCCGGCCCAGCCUAUUAAGGGUCGAAGACUAUACCGUGUCAUGAUGGAUAUCAGGAGACUGGAUAUCGCAAAUUGGUUGACAUUGGACAAGAACUAUCUCGACGAGCACCGUGUGAGGGAUCGCCUGCUCAAGGAAAAGAGAGAUGAGGUAAUACAAUGCCUACCUGAGUCAAGAGAUGGAUGCCAGGAAGCAUUGGAGGAGGUGUCGAAGUUUCUAUGCCAGCGUUUCCCCGAUGUUUUUCGCACCAUGGCUCACGGGGAUGAGUCUUAUAUCGAAAAUCGAGUCACAAAAGAGAAGUUCCCCUUGAAGAGUGAGAAGACCGCAGAGAGCAAUAUGGAUGCUCUGGAGUCAGCGGUUCGACUCACGAUGGAGGAUCUGAGCAUUUUGAUGACCAAUGCAGACGGAGAAUACUACUUGGCGGCGAGUGCAAGUCUUUUUCCAACAGGGUGGACGGUAAAGGAUCGAAUCGGCUGGACUAUCUCUCAAUUGCAUCAGCCAGUUCCACUUUGGCACAAGCAGGCUGAGAACUCUGUGAACAAGUUUCUUGCUACUCUGAAACCAACAUCCCCCAUGGAACGCUCGAACUACUUUGUUGAGAUCAAACGUCCAGAUGAGGAUCUGCUUGAAACUUUGUACCGGCCAGGAUCACUUUGUGAGAAGCAACCUACCGACCCGUCCACCGAUAAUAUUAUCAUUCGGCGUGAGAGACAAACUUUUCUUCGGCUACCAAAAACAGGGGCAAUUCUGUUUGGGGUGAAGACGUACUUGACUCCAAUCAGGCAGCUCCCAAUGCAGGAGGUUAAGAACUUGGUGACAGAAAUGGAUACAUGGCCUGAUGAUGUGGGAGAAUAUAAAGGCAAGAGUGUGUGGGGACCAAAAUUACUAGAAUACUAUAAUGAGCUCGUUGCGUCAGAGAAACUGUGUGAAAAAGAGGUAUCACCAGCAUGA